AUGCUGUUUCUUGCCACACUGUUCUUAGCGACUACGACAGCCUAUGCUAGUACGCUAGAUCAGGCCUCCAAUUUCCCUGUCUCUCCGGAGCUUGCCGUUCAAUAUGGUUGCGGAAGAAGUUGUCAAGUAUACCUCAAUACAACCCAAGCUAAGGAUCUGGAAGACUUUGAUACCCCCUUGGACUUCGAUUUCUAUGCUACAGCCCACAAUUUCUCCGGGUCCCAGCCAGGCGACGUUUUGAAAGUGGUACCAGUCCACCCUAGGCUCAUGCAAAUCCCUGGCGGUAUCGCUACAUACAAAAUUCAGUACACAUCAGUUGACCUUGACAACUGUACCAUUCCUGCUACUGCGUUUAUUACCUUUCCAUUCGUUCGCCAAAGCAACCCAUUCAAGCUUGUCGCGUUCGCACAUGGAACGUCGGGCGUAUUCCGAGGCUGCGCUCCAUCGACCUCCUCAAACCUUUUUGACUAUGACACCUGGAUCCCUUUACUGUUUGCAGGAUAUGCCGUUGUUGGAACAGACUACGCUGGCCUGGGAAACAGUUACACGAGGCAUAAGUACAUCGCUGCCAGUGCCAAUGCAAACGACAUCUACUGGUCAGUCAUUGCAGCCAAGAAAGCGUUUUCCCACGUUCUAUCCGAGAAAUGGGUGUCUAUCGGUCACUCUCAAGGCGGAGGGGCGUCCUGGAAGCUGUCGGAAAAGGGACUAGUGCAGAAGAAGGACAGUGGCUAUCUGGGAGGGAUCGCGAUUGCUCCUAACACUCACAUAUACGACGCUCUUCUUGAAGGGCUUGAUCAACUCCAGGAUCUUUCCCGUGACCAGCUUCAAGAUUCUGGUUCCGCCGCAUACCUUCCCUCAGUCUACUUCGCUCUGAAGGCUGUUUAUCCCAAUUACACGGCACCUUGGCUGUCCGAACUCGCAAAACGACGGAUUGAGCUGGGAGAGCGCGCUCAGCUCUGCGCGGCUGCCUUGCCUGCCGUCGUGAGAGACCUUAAUGCGUCGCAACUUUUCUCAAAUAACGAUCUUACCGGUCUCUCUCGCAUCAAGGAUUUCCAAGACCUGAACGCCCCUGCACAGGGGGACAAGGCUUCGAGGCCUCUUCUUGUGAUUGUGGGAGCAAAUGACACCACUGUACUCCCGAGCAUCACUACUAAAGCGUACAAAAAGAGCUGCAAGGCCGGAAAUGCUGUCCGCCUGAGCAUUUACCCCGAGUUAGAGCAUUCGGCAGUGUUUGGGGCUUCUGCGCCAGAAUGGCUCGGUUUUAUCGACGACUUGUUUCGUGGUCGCGGUUUCUGCAGCUGCACUAUGGAAACUAUGGAUCCUUUCGAUGCGUCUCACGCUACCAAGCCUCUGGAAGGCUAG